AUGGCGCCGUUGCGCCUGAAUACAAUCCAGAUCCCGACCAAGGUAGAGGUGUACAUUGCCCCCCCGGGCUCGGAGCAGCAGCAGCAGCACGAUGGCGCCACCGCCGCCCCGCCGUCGCUGCCCUCCAAGCGACUGGGGUACCUCUCUUUUGACAGCAACGAGCGCAGCGGCCACCAGGCGCGCGAGCUGAAGAGUGUGCAUGUGAGCGUCGACGCGGUGGCGCUGCGGCUGGUGGUGCACCGCUGCCACGUGAACAAGCUCAACAUCUACAACCAGGUCGGCAUCGUCGCGUUGAACCUGAUCGGCGAGCCGCUGGUGCCGGCGCCCCCGCCGCCGCCCGGCGGGGGCGCCGCGUACCUGGAUGUUGGGCAGCAGCCGGUGGGCGAGGUGGGGUACUAUAACAGAGCUGCCGCCGACAUGGCGGACCUGAACCUGGACAUGCACGUGGACUCGGUGACUGCUGCGAAGAUCCGAGACCUGGGUCGCCUCAAGGAGGCCGCGGUGGCGGCGGAGGAGUACGACGAGGCGAAGCGCCUCAAGGCGUGCAUUGAGAGGCUCAAGGCGGUCGGCCAGAAGGUGGCGCAGCUGGAGGCGCGCAAGCGCGCAGCGGUGGAGCGGGAAGAUUAUGAUCUAGCAAAGGCCCUGAAGAGCGACAUUGACAAGCUCAGGGCCGCGGGGGACGGCGCGGCCAUGUCCGAAGCGGGCCCGCCGGGCGGCAACGGGGGCGGCCCGGGGGCGCUCGGCGGCGGGGGCGGUGGGGGGAGGGUCGGGGAUGACGUCAUUGCCAGGGUGCUCGGGAAGACGCGGAGUGUGGGGCCGGGCGGCGCGGCUGGCGGCGGCGGCGGCGGCGGCAUCGGCGCGCACCUGGGUGCGGAGCCGUCGGGGGCGGGGCUCGACGGCGACGGCGCCCCCGCGGGGCCGCCGUCGCCCGGCGGCGGCCUUCCAGGCGGCGGCGAGGCGAGCGCUGGCGUGCUGGGCGGCGGCGGAGGCUGGGCGGGGGAGGCGGACGGCAGCGGCAUCGUGGGCGCGCCUGCGAGCGUGAUGCGGCGCAACUCGGGCUACUACGCUUACGAGGAGCGCCCUGCCGUCGCGCGAGGCGCGCUCGCGCUGGCGUCUGAAGGCGGCGGUGGCGGCGCUCCUGGCUUUGGCGAUGAAGCGGGCCUAGUGGAUGCUGACCCCUCGGCUGUUUCUGCAGCAGCCCUCUUCGGCGGCAGCGGCGGCGGUGGUGGCCCAGGCUCCGGCGCAACGGUCGAGGCGCCGGCCCCGCCGGGAUGGCCGCAGGAGCUCCCGCCACCGGAGCCGGUCGCGGGCGCGGCGGCCAAGGAGGCGGAGGCGGUCGCUGAGCUGGCGGGCGACUACGUGGCGGCGGCGUUCUUCUCGCGCAAUUGGCAGCUGCGGGACGCCGGGAUAGCCUGGGUGACAGACCUCGUACGCAACGGCAAGGUGUCUGGCGCUGACAAGCGGGACUUGGCGCGGUCCCUGGCGCGGCUCGCGGCCAAGGCCAUGAAGGACAAGGUGCCCAACGUGUUCCUGUCAAGCACUGGCCUGCUGCAGGCGCUCGUUGAGGCCAUGGCUGGCGGCGGGCGCGACGUGGCCGGGGCAGUGGAGCAGGCGCUGCCCGUGCUGAUCGAGCGGCUGAGCGACAACAACGCACGCCUGCGUGACGGCUCGCGCGACGCGCUGCUGGCGCUGGCGCACAACCGCGAGUCUGGGCUGCGCUACAGCGCCGGCAACGCGGCGCUGCUCAAGCCGGUGAAGAGCCAGACCGCGUGGCGGCCGGUGCUCAGCACGCUGCAGCUGCUGCAGGACCUGGUCCCCGUCAUUGGGGUCUGCCAGGGCGGCGGCGCCACCCGCUCCUCGGCCGGUGGCGGCCAGUCCGGCAGCGGCCAGUCCGGCGGCGCUGAGGGCCUGGACCUGGGGGAGCUCAUGGACUACGUGGGCCGGGCCUUUGGCAGCGCAAACGCAGACGUGCGCGGAGCCGCCGUCAAGGUGGCGGUCCUGGCGCACGACGCAGCGGGGCCCGCCGUGCGGCGGCUGCUGCCGCGGGACCUGAACCCCAAGAUACGCGCACAGCUGGACGCGGCCUUGGGGGUGGAGGCGGGAUCCCCGCCUCUUGCGGCAGCCGCAGCGGCAGCCACGCCGCCGCCCAAGGCUCGCACCACGCCGGCCCCCAAGGCGGCGUCCUCCGCGACCAAGCAGCCCCCCACGCGCGCCAGCGCCGGCGGCAAGGCCGCUGCGGGCGCGGGCCGCAAGCCUGGCGGCGGUGGCGGCGGCGGCGGCGGCGGCGCGCCGCAGCAGCAGCACCAUCAGCAGCAGCCCCUGCCGCCCCACCUGCAGCACAGCCACGACGCCCACGCGCAGCAGCGCCACCAGCAGCAAGCGGGGCCCAACGGCGGCGGGGGCGAGGGCAUGCCGGACGACCCGGCGCCGUUUGAGGCGGAGCUACGCAGCCGGGAGAAGCAGUACGGCGCGAACCACCCCGCGGUGGCCGAGAGCUGCAGCAACCUGGCGAUUCUGUUCAACCAGCGGGGGGAGUACGGCCGCGCCCAGCCGCUGUACGAGCGCGCCCUGCGCAUCUACGAGGGCUCGUACGGCCCCGACCACCAGGAGGUGGCCCACACCCUCACAGACCUGGCGGUGCUGCACCUGGAACAGGGCGAGGACGAGGUGGGGCGGCCGCUGCUGGAGCGCGCCCUGGACAUACAGGAGCGCGCCCUGGGGCCAGACCACCCAGACGUCGUGGCCAUACGCGACGUGCUCAACAGCGAGUGA